AUUAAAUUUAGGAACUGCGGGAGAUGCUGUAAAUAAAACACUAUCGUGUGAGACGUCGCCUAUCCUGGUAACUUUGCUCACCGGCACCAGAUUAGCGCAGUCGCGCUUCAGCUAGCUCGUCCUGAGGCUGCACAGCAGCCGUCGCUCCGGCGCAGGCCGCCGACCUGACCUCCUCCACCACCUCCAACCUCCCUGCCUCGCGCGUGCUCCCUCGCACUAACAUAUCACCAGCGAGCUACUUGGACAAUGUCCUCCACCCCGUCGCGCCCAAGGUGUUCGGCUCAAUGACGCGCCGGGCAGCGGCCUCACUUAACAAGUCGCUCACUGGGUUCCUCGCGCACGAAGAUCCGGAGAAGCUCCUGUCGCUCUUCGCAGCCAAGGUCAGGCAGUGCAGGGGCCUUGGCUCUGUUGAUUUCGCGUGCGCCUUGCGCGAGUGCAGGGGCAACGGCAAGCGCUGGCCGCUCGUUCCGGAGAUCCAUGCGAAGGCGAUCACAUGUGGGCUCGGCGGAGACCGGAUCGCUGGCAACCUGCUGAUUGAUUUGUACGCGAAAAAGGGGCUUGUGCAGCGGGCGAGGCAUGUGUUUGAGCAGCUAUCUGCCAGGGACAAUGUUUCUUGGGUUGCAAUGUUGUCAGGGUAUGCAAAGAAUGGUCUUGGAGAAGAAGCUGUCGGGCUAUACCACCAGAUGCAUCGCUCCGGUGUUGUUCCUACGCCUUACGUUCUGUCUAGUGUACUCAGUGCUUGCACUAAAGCUGCGCUUUUUGAGCAAGGACGGUUGGUGCAUGUCCAAGUUUACAAGCAAGGGUUGUGCUCUGAAACGGUUGUGGGGAAUGCUCUUAUUGCGCUGUACUUGCGGUUCAGAUCUUUUAGUCUGGCGGAAAGAGUAUUUUCUGAGAUGCCGUACUGCGAUAGAGUAACGUUCAAUACACUGAUCUCGCGACAUGCUCAGUGUGGAAAUGGUGAGAGUGCUUUGGAGAUAUUUGAAGAGAUGCGCUUGUCAGGCUGGACGCCUGAUUGUGUAACCAUUGCUAGUCUCCUUGUAGCUUGUGCCUCUACUGGUGAUCUGAAUAAGGGCAAGCAGCUCCAUUCUUAUUUGCUAAAAGCAGGCAUGUCUCCAGAUUACAUAAUUGAAGGUUCGCUUCUUGAUCUCUAUGUGAAAUGUGGUGAUAUUGUGGAUGCGCUCAAGAUCUUCAAAUCGGGUGAUAGGACAAAUGUAGUGCUAUGGAAUUUGAUGCUUGUUGCAUAUGGGCAGGUUAGUGAUCUAGCAAAAUCAUUUGACCUCUUUUGUCAAAUGGUAGCUGCAGGGGUACGCCCUAACCAAUUCACAUACCCAUGCUUGUUAAGGACUUGCACUUACGCUGGAGAAAUUAACCUUGGAGAGCAGAUUCAUUCACUAAGCAUAAAGACUGGCUUUGAGUCUGAUAUGUAUGUCAGUGGUGUACUGAUAGAUAUGUAUUCUAAAUACGGGUGGCUUGAUAAAGCUCAAAGAAUUCUUGAAAUACUUGAAGCAAAAGAUGUGGUCUCCUGGACAUCGAUGAUUGCUGGAUACGUGCAACAUGAGUUUUGCAAAGAGGCCCUUGAAACAUUCAAAGAUAUGCAGCUAUUUGGAAUUUGGCCUGAUAACAUAGGGCUAGCAAGUGCUAUAAGUGCUUGUGCUGGAAUUAAAGCGAUGCGUCAGGGUCUGCAGAUUCAUUCUCGGGUUUAUGUGUCUGGUUAUUCAGCAGAUGUCUCUAUUUGGAAUGCGCUGGUAAACCUUUAUGCACGAUGUGGAAGAAGCAAAGAAGCUUUCUCUUUAUUUGAGGCAGUUGAACAUAAAGACAAGAUAACAUGGAAUGGACUGGUAUCUGGUUUUGCACAAAGUGGUCUAUAUGAAGAGGCCCUUGAGGUAUUUAUUAAGAUGUAUCAAGCAGGUGUCAAGUAUAACGUGUUCACCUUUGUAUCCUCUAUUAGUGCAUCAGCUAACCUUGCAGAUAUAAAACAAGGAAAGCAAAUACAUGCUACAGUUACUAAAACAGGUUACACCUCUGAAACUGAAGUUGCCAAUGCGUUGAUUUCACUGUAUGGGAAAUGUGGCAGCAUUGAAGAUGCCAAGAUGCAGUUCUUUGAAAUGCCCGAAAGGAACGAUGUGUCAUGGAAUACUAUUAUUACAAGUUGCUCACAACAUGGACGUGGCCUAGAGGCUUUGGAUCUAUUUGAUCAAAUGAAGCAAGAAGGUCUAAAACCAAAUGAUGUGACCUUCAUAGGCGUUUUAGCUGCUUGCAGUCAUGUGGGUCUGGUAGAGGAGGGUCUUGGUUACUUCGAAUCCAUGUCUAGUGAGCAUGGAAUCCAUCCAAGGCCUGAUCAUUAUGCUUGUGUUGUAGACAUUCUUGGACGAGCUGGGCAACUUGACCGGGCAAGGAAAUUUGUUGAGGAAAUGCCUGUAUCUGCUAAUGCAAUGGUUUGGAGAACCCUUCUCAGUGCUUGUAGAGUGCACAAAAACAUCGAAAUUGGAGAGCUUGCAGCCAAGUGUCUACUGGAGUUAGAGCCUCAUGAUUCAGCAUCAUAUGUCCUCCUUUCAAAUGCAUAUGCUGUUACUGGGAAAUGGGCUUACAGGGAUCACGUCAGAAAGAUGAUGAAAGACAGAGGAGUCAGAAAAGAGCCCGGUCGUAGCUGGAUUGAAGUAAAGAACGUGGUUCAUGCUUUCUUUGUUGGUGAUUGGUUGCACCCAUUGGCCCAUCAGAUUUACAAAUAUUUGGCUGACCUAGAUGAUAGGUUAACCAAAAUAGGGUACAUACAAGGGAACUAUUUUCUUUUCCAAGAAAAAGAGAAAGAACAAAAGGACCCCACUGCUUUUGUCCAUAGCGAGAAGUUAGCUGUGGCCUUUGGAUUGAUGAGUUUGCCUCCUUCUAUGCCCCUUAGAGUCAUUAAGAAUCUCCGUGUCUGCAACGAUUGCCACACUUGGAUGAAGUUUACCUCUGAAGUCAUGAGAAGAGAAAUUGUAUUGCGAGAUGUGUAUAGAUUUCACCAUUUUAACAAUGGCAAUUGUUCAUGUGGAGACUUCUGGUGAAGUGUGUUGAAGUUAAGUUCUUGAAGUGCUCCUCCUGAAGUUCCCUAUGUUUCCAUUUGUGAUCAUCAAGGUGUUACUUCAAUCUAUUCAUGUGUGGGAUACA